AUGUCUCUUCUUGAGAAGCAGAAGGCGGCCUUCAGCAGCUCAUUGGCCUCCGCGGCGAGCAAGCUGACGUCCAAGAAUCCAUCUCUCGCACCGCCGUCGCCAUCCCCGUCCGUCGGUAGUACCGCCUCCAAAAAUGAGACAACAGCAUCGGGCAAGCGUAAGCGCGACCCCAACGCCAUUGUCUACUCGCAACCGCAGAACACUAGUUUUGGCCAGGAGGUUUUCACUCAGAUGCAGUAUGCGCUUGAGUGGCUGAAGGGCAAGGACGAGUCCAAGACGGCCACCGAGAUCUUUGAUCACCUGGGGCAGACCCGCAGCACCGACAAGCACAAGCAGCAGCUGGUCGAAGCCAUGCGCCGCCAUCCUCGCAUCCAGUGGACGCCCGACCCCAAACUAUCGGAGCAGACGUGGAGGACGGGCACGUACAUCCACCGCCCCAUCAUCCCCGGCGUCCGCGACAAGAUCUCGCUACUGCGGCACCUGCAGAGCAAGAAGGACGCCGAAGGCACCUCGGUCAAGGAUCUCAAGGACGGCUGGCCCGAUUGCGACCAGUCGCUGAUGGAGCUCGAGCGAGAGCACAAGAUUCUCAUUGUCAAAACCAAAAAGGAACAGCACCCCCGCGCGAUUUGGCUCGACGACGCCUCGCUCCAUCACCACGUCGACGACGAGUUCAAGCGCAUGUGGAACGCUGUCGAGGUGCCGACUACCGACGACAUUGUCAAGAAACUCGUCUCAGUUGGCCAGAAGCCUGCCAGCGCCGACCCCAGCACCAUCAAGAAGAUCGACUCCAAAAAGCAGCAGAAGAAGCGCGCGGUGCGUCGCACAGGCAAGACGACGAACACCCACAUGGAGCAUCUCCUGAAGGACUACAGCCACAUGGUCAAGCGAUGA